AGCUCCAGGCAGUAAAUGCAACUCCAGUCCAAGUACGACCCCCAGAAGGAGGCUGAGCUCCGCAGCUGGAUCGAGGGACUCACGGGCCUCUCCAUCGGCCCUGACUUCCAGAAGGGUCUGAAGGAUGGGAUCGUCCUAUGCACGCUCAUGAACAAGCUGCAGCCCGGCUCGGUCCCCAAGAUCAACCGCUCCAUGCAGAACUGGCACCAGCUGGAAAACCUGUCCAACUUCAUCAAGGCCAUGGCUGGCUACGGCAUGAACCCCGUGGACCUGUUUGAGGCCAACGACCUGUUUGAGAGUGGGAACAUGACGCAGGUGCAGGUGGCCCUGCUCGCCCUGGCGGGGAAGGCCAAGACCAAGGGGCUGCAGAGCGGUGUGGACAUCGGCGUGAAGUACUCCGAGAAGCAGCAGCGGAACUUCGAUGACGCCACCAUGAAGGCGGGACAGUGUGUCAUCGGGCUGCAGAUGGGCACUAACAAGUGCGCCAGCCAGUCGGGCAUGACCGCCUACGGCACCCGGAGGCACCUCUACGACCCCAAGAACCACAUCCUGCCCCCCCAGGACCACUCCACCAUUAGCCUCCAGAUGGGCACGAACAAGUGUGCCAGCCAGGUGGGCAUGACAGCCCCAGGGACGCGGAGGCACAUCUACGACACCAAGCUGGGGACCGACAAGUGUGACAGCUCGUCCAUGUCCCUGCAGAUGGGUUACACGCAGGGCGCCAACCAGAGUGGCCAGGUCUUUGGCCUGGGCCGGCAGAUCUACGACCCUAAGUACUGCCCGCAGGUGGCCGACGGGACUCCAGGCGCCGGCGACAGCCUGAGCCCAGGCCAGGCCCCAGAGUGCCCCCCCUACUUCCAGGAGGAGGCUGGCUACUGAGGCCCCGUGUGCUGUGCCCCACCCUUGCCCCGCUGGGCUGGGGGUUUCUCUGUGUUCUUGCCAUGUUCUCGUCCCUCCCAACUGCCGGGCUCCCCCGCUGCAAGACCAAACCAGCCCGAGGUCCCUCUGUACUGCCCUGUACCCUCGACUGAGUGGCCAGGCUGGGGCGGGGCGAUGCUGUGGGGUGGGGUCCUGGCCAGGGCAGUGGAUCCUUGCAGGCUGCGGCCCAACCCGGCUGGAUUAGAGAGAGCUGGCCCCCGCUGGCUUCCGGCUUUUUCUGUCCCUUUCGUCAGCCUGUGGUUUCUGUACCACAGAAGUUUCAGGAAGUUUUAACAAAAGAAUGGGUUUUCUUUUUUUUUUUUCAAGAGAAGGGCAGGGGUGGCAGGCGGUGCUGAGGGCCAGGCCACCGUCCAAAAUGUCAGGGUGGGCAAGCCUGGUUGCCCUGGGACUCAGCCUGCCGCCCUGCCCACCCCCAGGGCCCAGGCAGGGAAAGGCGAGGUGGAAGCACAGCCGGACCCUGCCCCGUACCCUCUCCUAGCCUGACCCCCUUGGGCCCCAGCUCUCUGCAUCCCUCCCACCAGGUACUGCACAAGGCACCAGCCAGGGGCCCCUGGACCGUGAGAUAAUGUGAAAUGCCCACUGGGGACCAAAAGCAAUAAAAACUCCACGUUGAGACCAUGAA